AGCUCCAUUUUUUCCUCGCUACGAGUACGACACUAGAAUAUACAUAUAUAUUCUUCAUAAAGAGCUAACCCUUUUUUGCUUUGCAGGCAUUACAAACCCUAACCCUAGUACCUUCAAUCCUCUCCCCAUUUUAAUUAAUUUCAAAGAUAAAUGGGAGAAACAAGGGAGACCGAUGCUUACGAGGAGGAGCUUCUCGACUACGAGGAGGAAGAAGAUAAGGCACCUGACUCUGUCACCGCUAAAGUCAAUGGAGAGGGCGCGAAGAAGGGCUAUGUUGGCAUCCACAGUUCAGGAUUCAGAGACUUCCUUUUGAAACCAGAGUUUCUUCGUGCCAUUGUUGACUCUGGAUUUGAGCACCCUUCGGAAGUGCAACAUGAAUGCAUUCCCCAAGCUAUAUUGGGUAUGGAUGUCAUUUGCCAAGCUAAAUCAGGGAUGGAAAAGACCGCAGUUUUUGUUCUAUCAACACUAAAGCAAAUCGAACCUAGCCCAGGACAAGUUAUUGCCCUUGUUUUAUGUCAUACAAGGGAGUUAGCUUACCAGAUUUGCCAUGAGUUCGAGAGAUUCAGUACAUAUCUGCCUGAUAUCAAGGUUGCUGUCUUUUAUGGAGGUGUCAACAUCAAAGUUCACAAAGAUCUAUUGAAAAAUGAAUGCCCCCACAUUGUUGUUGGGACACCUGGAAGGAUAUUGGCUCUGACAAGAGACAAGGAUCUUUCUUUGAAGAAUGUGAGGCAUUUCAUUCUCGAUGAAUGUGACAAGAUGCUUGAAUCACUUGACAUGAGGAGAGAUGUGCAGGAGAUCUUCAAGAUGACCCCUCAUGAUAAGCAAGUUAUGAUGUUUUCUGCAACACUCAGCAAAGAAAUUCGCCCGGUUUGCAAGAAAUUUAUGCAAGACCCAAUGGAAAUUUAUGUUGAUGAUGAGGCCAAGUUGACCCUUCAUGGUCUUGUACAGCAUUACAUCAAAUUGAGUGAAAUGGAGAAAAAUCGCAAGUUGAAUGAUCUCCUUGAUGCGUUGGACUUCAACCAAGUUGUUAUCUUUGUCAAAAGUGUGAAUCGUGCAGCUGAGUUGAACAAGUUACUUGUGGAGUGCAACUUUCCAUCUAUAUGCAUUCACUCUGGCAUGUCCCAGGAAGAAAGGUUGACUCGCUACAAGGGUUUCAAGGAGGGGCAUAAAAGAAUUCUUGUGGCGACAGAUUUGGUCGGAAGGGGAAUUGACAUUGAACGUGUUAACAUUGUCAUCAACUAUGACAUGCCUUAUUCUGCUGAUACGUACCUGCACAGGGUUGGUAGAGCUGGUAGAUUUGGCACUAAGGGUCUUGCAAUUACAUUUGUUUCAUCUGCUUCAGAUUCUGAUGUUCUCAACCAGGUCCAGGAGAGGUUUGAGGUGGAUAUAAAGGAGCUUCCUGAGCAAAUUGACACAUCUACGUACAUGCCAUCAUAAAGAAGGUUCGUUCUACUGUAGCUGGGUUUUGAAAUCCAAAUCACUUAAUGAUUUGUGUGGUCGCUGGAAGCCACGUGUAUUUGUUCAUAAAGGAAUGCUUUUAAAUCAGUUGCUUGGGAGCAGCAACAGAGGCAGUUGCAGUUGGUUUUAACUUUUUAAGAGUAUUGUAGCCUUUUGUAAGAACUUAAAUUUGGAUUUAGCUUUUAUCUUUGGGGAAAAUUUUCCUUUU